AUGGCAGUUAGUGGAAGUGAAAUCAAAAUUAAAACGCUUUAUGCCAAGAGGGACAUACUCUUUUCGCGUGUGCAGAAUAUAAGUGAUUAUAUAAAGAACAUUCAUAUAGAGGCAGUACGGGAGGCCUUUUUAAAUGAAAUCGAAACGAUAGAUAAUUUGCGGACAGAUUACGAAAGAAUAUUAGAUCAAAUUAAUCAUUCGGAACUACAAACCGACCCGAAAUACAUAGUGAACUACCAACCGCUGCUGGCAUUCGAAGAUAUGUUGUGUCGCGUGAAGAGAACCGCAAAAUUGCUACAAUCUCAAGGUGAAGCGAAGCCUGAAAUGCAGGUACGCCCUCGUGACUCAAUUAGGUUACCGCCAAUAGAUAUUCCGGUAUUCAAUGGUGAUAUUAAGACGUGGCCCUUCUUCUUCAGCAGUUUUCAAAACAAUAUACACAACAACCCAUCGUUAUCGGACGCUGAAAAAUUAUAUUACUUAAUUAGUAAACUUAGUGGCAGAGCACAGUCGAUCUGCUCGGGUUUUACACCUACAGCAAACAAUUACGUAUUAAUAUUUGAAACGCUUAAAACUAAAUAUGAAGAUAGGAGAAUGUUAGCUUCCGAAUAUUUGAACCAGAUAUUCGAUCUUAAACCUAUAUCAUCCGCGAACAUCAACGGCUUAGAGCAGUUUCUCGAUAAAUUUGUGGCAUCGGUGGCUGCACUUAAGAAUUUGAAGUUUAAUGACCUCAUGGACGUGGUGUUUCUCCAUAUAGCAUUAAAGAAAUUAGACUCCGACACCGUGCGUGCGUUUGAAAUGGAGCAUCGUAGCUCGGAGAUGCCUUCCUUUCAUUCAUUAGCAUCGUUCGUGCGAGAUCAAAUAAAGGUGAUGCAGCGCUCACCGAACGUUAAACAGGAGAUUAAAAGGUGCGUCGACCGUAGACAGACUCAACCAUCUAAAACAGCAGGGUCGUUAACUUACGUAACCGCUACGCCGACAUCACUCCAGCAUACUUGUAUAGUAUGUAAAGAUAAACACGGUAAUUUAUAUAACUGUGCGACUUUUCGUAAAUAUUCACCAAGCGAACUUUAUAAGUUAGUAAAAACAAACAACCUAUGUUUGAACUGCUUAAGCGAUAAGCAUUUAGUUGCAAAAUGCAAUUCGAGUUCCGUAUGUAGCAAGUGCGCCAGGAAACAUCACACGCUAUUACAUUUUGAAAAUAGCAACAUAGCGGCGUCAAGUAAGGCGAAUAAGGAAUUCACCCCUACUAAGGUCAACGAUUCUAGCGGUCGACCUGGUGAUGUCGCUCUGUGCUCAUUGGCAAAUAUGGGAGCACAACCUCCUUCAACCGUGUUACUGGGUACGGCGCGUAUUUUGGUUAGGGAUUCGCGUGGAAACAAACAAAGCGUCCGUGCACUGCUGGACAGCGGAGCCCAAAAUAGCUUUAUAACACGACAAUGUUGUCAGCGCUUAGGCUUAGUAAUAAAUAGGUCACUUUCAUGUCCUGUAGUUAAAGGCAUCGGAGGUACUAGUAAAGCGACACAGGGAUAUAUAAAUUUAAAAUUUUAUUCUCGGAUAGAUCGUAACGUUAACUUUGAUAUAAAUGCACUAGUAGUAGAUAGGGUCACUGAACGGUUGCCAACCGUUUCGGUUGACACCUCGGCAAUGAUUGAAUUUAAAAAUUUGACUCUAGCAGACGACACUUACGCCGUUCCUGGAAACAUAGACAUGCUCAUUGGGGCAUCGCUUUUCCCUCAUCUUUUGUUAAACAAUAAGGUCAGGGGCAACUCCUCGCAUACCGCGCCUUACGCACUGGAAACCGUAUUGGGCUAUGUGAUCCUUGGCUCCGCCCCCAUCCUAGAUAGUAUUUCGGCAGCCUCUUAUUGUGGUAUGGCUGUCGAACCGCUCGAGUCGUUAGUCCGCAAAUUUUGGGAGAUGGAGGAGGUGAACGUCCCACCCAUAGCUAGUUCAGAUGACAGGAUAUGCGAGGAAAUUUACGUCCGCACGAUCGUUCGUGAUCGCGACGGUAGAUAUAGUGUAGCGCUACCCUUUAAGGGAGAUGUUUUAUCUCUCGGCGAUUCGCGUCAAAUGGCGGAAAAACGUUUCUACAGCUUGGAGCGUAGGAUGCUCGCUUCGCCCCAGUUAAAGGAAGCUUACGACGGCGUCAUUAACGAAUAUAUAAGAGAAGGUUACAUAUCACUUGUGGCUUCGAAAUUAGAUAACUACGAAGACACACCGUCGUAUUUUAUACCACACCACGGAGUCAUUAGAGAGGACAAACUUACAUCUAAAUUACGUGUAGUGCUCGACGCUAGUGCUAAAACUAGCACUCACCUGUCGCUUAACGAUAUCCUCUAUAGUGGGCAAAAUUUACAGGGCAGUUUAUUUGAUAUAAUAGUCAAUUUUCGUUUGUUUAGUAUAGCACUAUCCGCCGAUAUUCGCCAAAUGUUUCUUUGCAUAGGGGUCCGUGAAUGCGACCGUAGAUUCCAGCGCAUUUUAUAUCGUUUCCACCCAAAGGAACCUCUAAUGGUGUUAGAAUUUAACCGCGUUUGUUUUGGUUUAAAGUCGAGCCCAUUUCAUGCGUUACGCACGGUGAGACAGCUCGCUCACGAUGAAGGUCCCUCUUAUCCUAAAGCUAAGAGGGCAAUUGAGAGCGGAUUAUAUAUGGAUGAUUUUGUGUAUUCGGUCGAUAGCGUGGAGGAGGCCACCCUAACCACCGCCGAGGUUAUAAGGCUCAUGAAAUCGGGUCAAUUCGAUCUUGUGAAGUGGACUAGUAAUUCGCGUCCGGUUUUAGAUACAAUCCCACUAUCACACCGUCUUUCGGCGAUAAAGGAAUUCGACGAUUCCGAUACACACAAGGUGCUCGGUCUGUGUUGGUCACCAGAGUCCGACGUGUUUAGCCUUAAGGUAAAUCCGCCCGUAGAGAAAUGCACAAAGCGCACAAUACUGUCAUGCGUUGCUAGAUUAUGGGACGUCAUGGGUUUCGUAGCUCCGGUGGUAUUAUACGCUAAGCUUUUGAUUAAACAACUUUGGUUAUUUGAAUGCGAUUGGGAUGACUCGCCGCCUGACAGCAUUGUUCGAUUGUGGCAGCGCUUUAGAGAGGAACUUCCUUUACUAAGAGAAAUUAAAAUACCGCGUCAUAUAAAUGUCGAUAGAAAUAGCAGCAUAACGGUUGUUGGAUUUGCAGACGCCAGCGAGAAGGCUUACGGGGGGCGUUGUAUAUUUCCAUGUCCAGAAUAA